AUGGGUUCACCAGAUGAACAAAAUUCAUUCUUUGAUAAUAUAUCACCAACCACAUCUAUAAGAGAAGAAACAAGUGCAUCAAGUGCAAUAAUUGAUGAUGAAGAUGAACAAACUACUCAAUAUUAUACAAAAAGACCAUUUUACCUGAGAAAACCUACUUUUGAUUCAGAUUUUGUUUUUACAACCAAUAAUAAUCAAAUUCUUAAUAAUAAUAAUAGCAAUAAUGAUAUAAUUUCAUCUCCACUACCAACAUUGCAACAACAUCAUCAUCAUCAUUCUAGUUCAUCAAUUUCGGAUAGAUUAACAAGGUUAAAAUUACAAGAUUCAUUAAAUACUGAUAUUGCAUUUUUAAAUUCUUCAGAACCUCCAUCAGCAUUAAGUUUAAAUCAUUCAGAUAUUUCACCUACAAGAUUAGUAAAACCACCUUCAAGUAUAAGUAUUCCUGAUAUUCCUUUAAAUGAUUAUUCAACAGAUCAAACUUUAAGUCCUAAAGUAUUUGAUGAACAACAAACAUCUGUUAAUAUUAAUCCUCAUCAAAGUCUUGCAGCAUUAUUUAAUGAACAUGAUGUAAUGUCUAAUGAAUCUUCACGUCAUGAAACUAGUAGUGAUCAUUCUUCACUUUCAUCAGAAACAAGAGAAAAUGUAGCACUAGGUAGAACAUCAUAUUUAAAUAAUAUUAAUUACAUAAGAGAUCAUUUAGAUUUUUUAAAUCAAACUUUAAAUCAAUCAAGAUCACCAAGAAAUUCUGAAUCAAAAUAUAUUGAUUUUUCAAAUAUUUUACCUGAUACAGUACCUGGUUAUAAUUUAAUUAAACAAUUUGGUUAUUUAAGUUAUCAAACUAAUUUAACUUAUCAUGCUAUAAAAGUUAAUGAUUUAACAAAUGUUUCAAAUGAAAAUUUUCUGAGUAAAUUAGCAAAUUCAAAAAGUUCUUUUAUUAAAGUUAAUACAAAUGUUAUAAUAAGAUUAUCACCAAAUAUUUUAAGAAAUUUAUCAUUAUCAAGAUUAUUAAAUGAAUGGUAUAUUUUGUCUGGUAUAAAUGCUCCAAAAACUCAUUUAUUAUGGUCUAAUGAAACUUUAACAAAUGAUUAUAUUACUGAUACUAAUCGACCAAAACUAGAUCUUAGUGAUAAAUCAUUACCUCCAACUUUACCUUUAGAUUUACCUGGAGUAUUAUAUCCAAAAGAAGCUCUUAGUUUUACAUUUGUUGAUGAAAGUACAACAAUGGAAUUUUCUGAUAAAACCAAAUCAAAAAAUCAAAAAAGAAUGGCAUUAAUUUAUGAAGAUUUUAAUUUUAAAACUUUUAAAGAAAUUAAUUGUGAUAAUCUGGAAUUAGAUAUUGAAAGAAAUGGUUCUUAUUCAUCAACUGGUUCAAAUAAUGGAAAUAAUCGUAGAAGAUCAGCAGCAAGUGGUGGAUCAGCUUCAAAUUUAACACCCUCAAGUAGUAUUGAACAUUCUACUGGGUUUUUUAAUGGUAUAGGACAAAUUGGAGCAACAAGUUCAACAAAUUCAUUAUUUAAUAAAAUAGCAAAACAAGUUACAAGUUCUCCCAAGACACCUUUAAAAGUUAUUGAAAUUAUAUCAGAUAUGAUAAAAGUUGUAGAAACUUUAGCAAUAGUUCAUGAAAUUGGAUUUGUUCAUAAUGGUAUAACAAGUUCAAAUUUAUUAAAAUCUGAAAAUAAUCAAAAUAAUAUUAAAAUAACUGGAUGGGAAUUUUCUUUUCAUUAUGCUGAAAAUUCUGUUUAUGGUUAUAGAAAAAAUCAUCUUAGUGAAAUAUCUGAUUUAAUUCCUUAUAUGGCUCCUGAGGUUUCAGGAGUUAUAAAUAAAUAUGUUGAUUAUAGAUCAGAUAUUUAUUCAAUUGGUAUUGUUUUAUAUGAAUUACUUUUAAAUACAUUACCUUUUCAAUCUGAAGAUCCAAGUUCAAUAAUAAGAAUGCAUGUUUUUCAAAAACCUGUUGCACCACAUUUAUUAGCACCAAAUUGGAUUUCUGAAAAAUUAAGUUCAACAAUAAUGAGAUGUUUGGAAAAAAAUCCAGAUGAUAGAUAUUUAGAUUCUUAUUCUUUAUUAAGUGAUUUAAUAUUAACUAAAAAUCAUUAUAUUGAUAAAGUUGGAGCAUUAGGUGAACAAGUUUGGAAUCAUUGGAAAAAAACAGGAGAUUUUGAUAUUUAUUUGAAUAAAGAAAAAUUUAAGUAUUCUGAAAAAGUGGGCCAUUCACCAAUAAUAAAUUUUAAUAAUAAAUUUAUUGGUAGAGAAGAUGUUUAUAAGAGUAUUUUUGAUAGAUAUAAUAAUACAUUUGAUGGAGGUAUUAAUUUUUUUUUAUUAAGUGGUGAAAGUGGUGUUGGUAAAACAAUAAUUUUAAAUGAUUUAAGAGCAGGAGCAGUUUUUAAAUAUGAUUUAUAUUGUUUUUGGAAAUUUUCUUGUGCUGAUAUUGGUAAUUCAAUUUAUUCUUUAUUAUUAGAUGGUAUAAAAACUAUUAUAACACAAAUUUUAGAAUGUUCAGAAGAUAUUCAAGAUAGUUGGAGAGAUUUAAUUGUUUCAAAUAUUCCUUUAGAUUUAUCUAUAUUAUUUUAUUUAAUACCUGAAUUAAGAAAAUUAUUAGGUCCAAAAUAUAUGUCAAUUUAUUCACAUAAACUGAAUUUUAAUACUCCAAGAACACCAGGAAAAGAAGAACAAACUUCAAGUUUAGAAGUUAAAUUUAGAUCUAUAAUACGAUCUUUUUAUAGAGUUGUUGGAUUACAAGGGUUAACCAUAUUUAUAGAUGAUUUACAAUGGUGUACUGAAGAAUCAAUGAUUCUACUAUGUGAAUUAUUUAAUUUUGAUGAAGAAGAAGCAGAUUUAAGUGCAAUGUCAUUAAAAAUAAUAGCAACAUAUACAACUGAUGUUGAUCAAUUUCAAGAGAAAAUAAGUUCAAAGGAAAAAGAAAAAAGGUUUAAAAAUUAUGUUAAUAAAUCAAAUAUUAUAUUAAAUGAUUUUUAUAUUCCACCUUUAAAAAAUGAUACAAAUAUGAGUGAACCAAUUUUUUUCUUUAAUCAAGUUCAAAAGAAAAAUGAUGAAACUACAAGUAUGUCAUCAAUGUAUGAUAAAAAGAAAUCAGAAAUCAAAAAAGUUGGAAAUAAACUUGACUUAGAAGGUAGAAAAUUUUAUGAUAUUACAGGUGGAAAUAUAUUAUUAUUUAUUUAUGCUACAAGAAUGGCAAGGUUCUGGCAACAUUGUUAUUAUGUUAGUCAUCCAAAUUAUGGUGAAAUUGUUAUAGAUAAUAUUUGUCCUGAAGUGUAUGGUUAUAAUAGACAAGAAGUUAUUGUAAAAUAUUUAGAUGCAUCAACAACUGAAGAAACAAUGAAAUUAUUAGAAUUUGCAGCAAUUAUAUCAAAUGGUUCAGGUUUCCAUUUAUCAGAUUUAAUUGUUGCUGCAGCAUUACCAAUGGAAAAAGUAUUUCAAUUAAUACAUACUUUAAUGGAAGCAAAAGUUAUAAUUCCAACCAGCACAUACUAUAAAAUCCCUUUUCAGUCACUUUGUUCAAAUGAAUCACCAUUUGAUUUAUCUGAUAAUAAUAUUUGGGAAUUAGCAUCACAUUGUAGUUAUAGAUUUUUUCAUGAUUCCAUUAGUGGUCAUAUAUUAAAUGAAUUAACAAGAACUAAUAAAUUUAAAGAAUAUUCAAGAUUAUGUGCAUUAAGAUAUUAUAAAACUAUAAGUAAAGAAAAAACGUUAAAUAUUGGUGGUUAUUUGCAAAUGGCUGCUUAUUUUAGUGAAUCAUAUGAAGUUGCAAGACCUGAAGAAAAAGAAUUAUAUAUUGAAGUAUUAGUUCAAGCAGGUAGAUAUGCUUCUUCAACUUAUAAUAUGAAAUUAGCUCAAAAAUUAUUUGAAGUUGUUGGAGAAUUAAUUGAUGUCCUUGAUUCAAAAACUCAAUUAAAAUCUGUUUUAACUAUAGCACAAAAUCAUUAUUAUUUUAAAGAAUAUGAAAAAUGUCUUGAAGUUAUAACAAAUGCUCAAAUCAAAUAUGGAUUUGAUAGAUUAGUUUUUAUUUAUCAAUUAGUAAGAUGUAAAAUUCAAUUAGGAGAAAUUGAAGAAGCUAUAAAUAUAUGUUUUGAAAGUUUACCAAAAUUAGGAAUUAUUAUAACUAACGAUGAAGAAACAAAUCAUAAAGAAUAUAAAAAAUUAAUUGCUAAAAUUCCUGUGUCUGUACCUGAAAUUAGAAACAUAUUAAAUUAUAAAAGAACAAAUGAUUCAAAAACUUUAUUAAUUUUCCAUUUAAUUACUCAAUUACUAUCACCAUUAGUUGUAUUAAAAAAGGAUUCAAGUAGAAGAUUAUUAAUUGUUCAAGCAAUGCAAUUAAUUCAUACAAGAGGUUCAUCACCAUUUGCUGCACUUAUAUUAUUAGAUUUUGCAGCAGAUUUUGCAAGAGAAUUUACUUCAGCAGGUCAAUUAAGAGCAAAAGAAUUAUGUAAUGUUGCAAUAACAUUAGUUAGUAAAGCUAAUGAUGUUUCAUUAAGUUUUACAAGAGCAAUUUAUGAAAUUUAUGUUUGUACAUUAGCAAAUUAUUUUGAAUCAAUGAAUCAAGUUUAUAAAUAUUUUGAAAUAAGUUCAGAAACUGAUCAAAAUGAUACUUUAUCAAGUUUUUCAGCAUUACAUUUAACUUUAGAAACUGCUAAAUUAUUUUUAUUAUUAGUUAGUGGUAGAGCUUAUGAAGUUUCUUAUAUGUUUAAAAGAAGAAAAUCUCAAAGACCUAAAUCUGAUGUAUCAAAAGAUCAAUUAUAUUUAUUUGAUUGUGAAGAUUUAUUAUUUGGUUCUAUAUCAUUAAAUGAAUUUCAAAAACGUAAUGAUUUAUCAAAUCAUUUACCAUUAAGUCAAUUUUGUUAUUAUUGUGUUAUAUUAAAUGCAAUGACUUAUGAUAAAAAAUAUGAUGAAGCUGUAGAUUUAAUAUUAAAUAAAGUUCAUAAAUUAGUUGGUGAUUUUCCUUUAUUAUUUUUUAGUGCUCAUUAUUAUUUUAUGGUUGCUAUUCACAUUGCAUUUUCAUCUAAAAUGUCACCAGAAAUUGAAAGUAGAAAAACUGAAAUAUUUAAUGAUAUAUUACAUAAAGCUAAUAUAUGGGCAGCAAAUAAUGAAUCAACUUUUGCUAAUAGAUUAAUUUUUUUAAAUGCUUUAAAAGCAAUGAGAGAAAAGAAAACAGAAUUAUUAUCAAUUCUUGAUUUAUUUGAGGAAUCAAUUGAUUUAGGUACAAAAGUUAAAAAUUGGUAUGAUGUAUGUUGGGUAUGUGUAUUUUGUGCAAGAUGGUUAGUUAAUUCAAAUCAAAAUAAAAAAAGAAUAAGUCAAUUUGCAAUAAGAGCAAUUGAUAUUUUGAAGAGAUUAGAUUUCCCAGAAUAUAUUAAAUUAUUAGAAAAUGAAUUUGGAAAAUAUCUUGUUGAUGAUCCAAUAUAUAGUUGGGCAGGAUUAAAUAAUACUUCAACAAAUAAUAAUCAGAAAAAUGACAAUAAUACUCCAAAACAACAAUCUAUAUAUUCAAAACCUAAUCAACUUGGUUUACCAAUAAGUACAAAUAAUCAUCUUGAUGAUCAAAUGAAAUCUGAAAUGAAAAUAAAUAAACAAGCAAGAAAAAAGAAAAAUAAAAAAAUUGAUCUAAAAUCAAAUACAAAUGCACCAUUUGAUUUAAAUAAUACUAUACAAGCAUGUUUAGGAAUAUCUGAAGCUCCUGAUGUAAAAGCAAUAUUAUUACAAUUAAUUUCUUGUGCUAUUGAAUUAGCUCAUGUUGAUUAUGGAGUUGUUGUUUAUGUUGAUAAAGAAGAACCUAAAAUACAAGCAGUUGGAUCUGCUCAACAUAUUUAUUGUUUACAAGAAGAACCAUUAAGUUCAAGAAUUGAUGUAUGUCCUUAUUCUUUAUUAAUUCAUGUUCUUGAUACUGGUGAACCAAUAAAUAAAGAAGAUGAUCAUAUUGCAUUUGCAAAUAGAUUUGGAAAAGAUUCUUAUUAUAAAUAUAAUUCAGUAAGUACUGUUAUAUGUUUACCAUUAAAAAAUCAAUUUGAAGUAUUUGGAGCAUUAUAUUUAGAAGUUGAUAAUAGAAGAGAUAAAAAAUUAGCAAUAUUUGAUGGUAGAAAAAGAGAUUUAUUAAAUUUAUUUUGUUCUCAAGCUUCUGUUGCAAUGGGUAAAGCAAAAUUAAUAAAUCAAAUGGAAAUUGCCAAAAUGGCUGCUGAAGAUGCAACAGCUGAAAAAGCAAGUUUUUUAGCUAAUAUGUCACAUGAAAUUAGAACUCCAUUUAAUUCAUUAUUAUCAUGUUCAAUAUUUUUAUUAGAUACUCCUUUAAAUUCAACUCAAAGAGAAUAUGUUGAAGCUAUAAAAUCUUCUGCGAUGGUUACAUUAAAUAUUAUUGAUGGUAUAUUAGCAUUUUCCAAAAUAGAACAUGGUUCAUUUACUUUAGAAAGUGCUCCUUUCUCAUUAAAUGAUUGUAUUGAAAGUGCUAUACAAUUAGGUGGAGAACAAGUUGUUGAUAAUGAAUUAGAAUUAGUAUUUUUUAAUAAUUGUCCACAAAUUGAUACUGUUAUAGGAGAUGUUACAAGAGUAAGACAAAUUAUUAUAAAUUUAGUUGGUAAUGCAAUUAAAUUUACAACUCAAGGUCAUGUUAUAAUAAAUUGUAAUGCAAUACAAUUAACAAAUGAUAGAUAUGAAAUAUUAAUAUCAGUUGAAGAUACUGGAAUUGGAAUACCAGAUUUAUCAUAUAAUAAAGUAUUUGGAGCAUUUUCACAAGUUGAUGGAUCAUCAAGAAGAGAAUUUGGAGGAUCUGGAUUAGGUUUAGCAAUAUCAAAAAAAUUAGCAGAUUUAAUGGGAGGAGAUAUUAAAUUUGAAAGUGAAGAAGGAGUUGGAAGUACAUUUUAUUUUAAUGUUAGUUUUAAUGUUAAAUUAUUUUCAAAACCUGAAAUUGAAUUACCAAAUAAAUCAGCAAUAAUAAUAAAUAAAUUAGAAUUAACUGGUGCAGCAUUAAAGAAUAUGUUACAAUUUUUUCAAUUAAAAGUUAAUGAUAUAUCAGAUUUAAAUCAAAUAACAACAAAUGAAUUAAAAUCAGAUUAUUUUUUUAUAAAUUUAGAUGAGUAUGAUGAAUUUAAUAAUAAAUUUGAAAAUAAAAUUAAUUCAAAUUCAAAAAUUGUAAUAUUAGCACAAUUUGGUAAACCAUUGGUUGGUAAAAGUUCAAAAUAUGAAGCUUUAUUAUGUCCAUUUCAAAGAGAAAGAGUUGUAAGAUUAUUAAGAGAUAAAACUUUUGAAGAAAAUAAACCUAAGGUGAUAACUCCUGUGUUGUUAGCUGAUGAAUUUCCUUUGAAGAUCCUAUUAGCAGAAGAUAAUCUUUUAAAUUAUAAAGUUGCAUUAAAAUAUUUAGAAAAAUUAGGUUUUAAAGCAGAUCAUGCAAAAGAUGGAGUUGAAGUAUUAGAGAAAUGUAAUUUAAAAUUAGAAAAAGGUGAAAAAUAUGAUGUUAUAUUAAUGGAUAUUCAAAUGCCUUUAAAAGAUGGUAUAACAGCAACAAAAGAAUUAAUCUCAAAUUAUCUGAAUUCUGGUAAUGAAAAAUUCAUUCCUAAAAUCGUUGCAUUAACUGCUAAUGUUGCAGGAGAUGAUCGUGAAAAAUGUAUAAAAUGUGGUAUGAUUGAUUUUAUAAGUAAACCAAUUUUACCAAAUGAAUUAAAGAGAGUUUUAACUCAUCUAGGAGAGGAAGUAAAAAAGGAGAAUCAUAAUGAAUGA